CUAGAAACCAAAAAGAACCAUUAUAAAGCGAGUAGGCUAUUAAGUGUUAGUGCGAAAAAAGAAUAGCCAAUAUCCCGCACGGUGAAACCGUGGAUGCAUUUGAUCAGCUAGUCCAAACGCAGAAAGGGUUGCUGUUGGUAGCAUGGGGCAGCACCUGGGAAAACGUGAGGCACUGCCUGAGACUAAGGCUUUGUCAGAACCAGCGCACUCCACGUCAGACGCCACAGAGUCGCAAGAUGACGUCUUCGGCCUGAAUGAACCAGAUGUCAACCAGAACAAAGACCACCCCAGCAAGAGCACAGGGACGGCCGCCUCCGCUGCUCUGCACAGCAAGGACCGAGCCAAUCCGGAAGACCCAGGCGCUUCAGGGCCACGCCCCCACUUGGCCCGCCUCUUCUCCCGAGAUGCUCCGGGCCGUGAGGACAACACCUUCAAAGACCGGCCGUCAGAGUCAGACGAGCUGCACACCAUCCCGGAGGAACUGCCUGGAACUGGAGCGCACAGCGCCUCGGAGAACGCAGAGCAGGACGCAGACUAGACCCUUCGUGUUUCACGUCCUCUCGCUCUAUCUCUGC